CCCCCAGCCUCAAACCAAACUCUCUCUCCCCCUCAACACACAAUCAUUCUCCAUUUUAUUCUCAAACUCCAAACUCUCUCCAAUGUCAUCUCCAACAUCAAACCAAUAAAAAAAAAACUAACUUUAAAUGUCUAGACGCCCUGCACACAGUUUCUACCUCUGGCUCCUUCAAGUCAUAAUCCUCUCCCUCCUCCUCCUCUUCUUCCUCUGGCUCGCUCUCCGUCCCUCUUCCCCAUCCUUCACCCUCACCAACUUCUCUAUCGACACCACCACCAGCAACAACGCAUCCUCCAUCUCCUUCUCCAUCGGUUUCUCCAACGACAACAAACGAGGCAGAGUCUACUACGACAAAAUCAACAUCACCGUCUAUUCAAGAAAUGCUAGCAUAGCUACCACGAGGUUGGAGGCAUUCGACCAGGGGCAUGAGAAGAGUAGUAGUGUUUCGGGGGAAGUGUUUGGUGGUGGUAGAGAGUGGGAUGAGGUUGUUAAGGUGAUUGAGAGGAGGAGGAGGGUGAGGUUGAGGGUAGAGUUGGUGGCAGCGGUGAGGUAUAGGAUAUGGUUGUGGAGGAGUAGGUGGCAUUGGAUGGAUGUGGAGGCUGGGAUUAGUGUCGGCUUUGGCGGGAAAAUAUCAGGGAGGAGGAAGAAGAUCAAGAUGCACAGAGCACAGAAUUAGGAGUAAUUCAGCGGUUCUUCGAGUGGACAGAGACUACUGAAUAAUUUUACAAAAAAUAGGGACAGUGAGUUCUUGAUUAUUGUUUUAGGGAAUUAGUGUGAAUUUAGUUUCCGGAUGAUUGAUAUUUUUUUCUUUUUUUGGAAAUUUAGUAUCUGUGUGUCAUG